ACAUAUUAUUUCAUUCUUAAAUUGCGAUUUAAUAGUGAUUUAAUUCCGACGUCAAACUGUCUCACAACGGAGAAAAAGAACGAAAUCUAGGCAGCAUGCCAGAGCCUGUGAAUCAUCAAAUAAAUGCUGCUCGUAAAACAUUCCAAACACUUUACCAAAUUUCAAAAUUACUAAAUACAAAUUUGGAUCCAACAACAUUAAGUAUAUGUAUUCGAUUAUGCGAAAAUGGUGUAAAUCCAUAUGCGCUUGCAACUGUGGUAAAGGAGUUACAAAGGGAAGUGAAAGCUAUGGAUAGUACUAACCAACUAGAUUCUCCUACUAGCAAGUCUAAUUUAAAUAAAUAAUGAAAUAUUAUGUUUUUCAAUAAUUUAGUAAAUGAAAUGAAUCUCCAUUAAUCUAUUAUUUUUUAUAUCACAUUCUGCUUAUGUGCGAUAAAAAAUAUACUUAUAAUUCAUAAUCAUAAA